AUGGACUCCACCGCACAGAACACGAUGAAUCAGAUUGCCCAACCACAGCCUACCACGAUCGCUUUCACGCCCAUCGAUGGGGCUGUGCAAGGACGUACGCCGUCGCUCUUCGAGCGGCAACAGGCGCCCACGAUUCGACUCACUCCCAUCAACCUCGCCAUUCAGGAGCAUUGGUCGCUCAAUCUGACCAUGCCUCCGAGCAGCCAAGCGCUUCAGAAUGCUCAUUCCGUUGAAGACCAGGUAGCGAGGUUUCGUAUGUUGCUCCCAUCUUCUCACGCUAACGUUGGCUCAGAUGCCGGAGUUAAGACUAGCCAACCGGCACGGCAGCCUAUGGCGAACAAGAUGUCUUUGGCCUUCCUUCUGAACGACACCAAGCACACUGACCAUGGAGAAGAUGCUAUGGACACCAUGGAAGGAGCUCAACAAACACCAGAAGUCUCAAUAGCUGGUCAGCAAGCCACUCCUCAAGAUCCCACAUUCGCCUUCGAUACCGACAUGACGGACGACGAAAUCCUCGCGAGCGACCCUAGAGUGAUCAAAGACAUGAGGCUUCUUCAACUCUCAAAGUCUCGGUCGCUGACAGAGAUCGUCCAGGCAAUCAACACCCGUCACGGCGAACAAGUGCUCAACCUUACCGCUCUCCGUGGACGUUACGCUCGAGCGUUGCGAUCAGUGGCCAAAGCAACAGGCGAGACCCCUCAAGAAGUUCAAGCACGCUUCGUCGAAAUCUCAACCGCCAAACGCCGGAAAUUCGUGCCGCGAGCAAGAGUGCCUCCCUACACCGAAGGCACGUUGACUGACGAACAAGUUCUCCGGCAGAACCCGAGAUGGAUGGCCCAAGAGAGGUUGCUGCAGGUGUCGAAGUCAUUCAACUUGACGGAGAUUGCGAAGCGUCAGGCCGAGAUUCAUGGGAAGGACAAAGCAUUGCACGUGUGUACUCUGAGCAACCGAUGGCAGCGAGCUUUUGAAGUAGUUGCUGCUAGGGAAGGAAAGACGACGGAGGAGGUGAGGAGAGAAUUUUCACAAACUUCCAAUGGAGCACAGCCUCGGCGUCCGCCUCGCAAGGUUGGGUCUUCCGAGUAG